AGAGAAAAAAAGACUUGACGUGGCAGGAGGCCCGGACGUGACAUAGCUGCUCAUCAUCUCUCCUCCUCCUUCUCGUCGGGUGGAUUAUCCUCCGACAUCUGUCCGCAGCGGUGUGGAGGAGGUGAGUGAGGAGACGCUCCUGGACGGGAGGAUGUGGCUGCUGCUGCUGCUCAGCGCGCUCCGGGGCGCCUCGGCCUAUGAUGCGGACCCGCACAAGCUGGACGGGCUGGCGAGAGCCAGGGUGGAGACCUGUGGUGGAUGACAGCUGAAUCGGCUCGUAGAGGUCAAGGCCUUCGUGACCCAGGAUAUUCCUCUUUACCAUAACUUGGUGAUGAAGCACAUUCCUGGAGCUGAUCCUGAGCUUGUCCUCCUCAACCACUAUUAUGAAGAGCUGGAUCGGAUUGCUCUGUCUGACAUGACGCGCUUUGAAAUUAAUGACCUACUGAGGGAACUGGGUUUCUACAAAAAAGCUGAACCAGAGGAUGAGGUGCCGGAGGAGUUCCGCUUCUCUCCUGCCAAAGACAGCCCAUUCAAAGAUGAGCCCACCUACAAAUCCUCCACCUCCUCUCCAGACACAGAGGACACUUCCUUAGAGCCUGAAGCACAAGUCCCACGCAGCGAUCUCUAGGAUGCAAGAACAAACAGAAGUAGCAGCAGUAACACGAUGCCCCAACGUCAGCGGGUUACUGCAGCUGAUGACGGAAAUGUUUGUAAUUUCACAAUAAGGCCAGCUGAUCAAAGAUCCACCUGCUGGGGAAUGACAAAACCCUUACAUUCCCCUGAUGGGCUUUUAAAAGAUAAAAUCUGAUUUUGCACUUAAACCCAAUAAGCCAUUCUGUGAGUGAUUUGUGAGCGUUUUAUUAGUGGUCCAUCAUGCGUACGCUGUCUUGAAAAUGUUUCCCCCUUUUGAUUCUUCUGUUUACCUGUAAUUGCUGCCAUCCUGCUGUGACACUGAAUGAAGCCUCAGGCUGAAAAAUCGCCCAAAUGGUCUGAGGUUGAUGCUACUUGUUUUAGUGGGUUGGACUGAUACACACAAGACUCAAAAGGAAAAAAAAUAAUAAAAACUAAAAAAACAACCAGUGAGC